CAAGCUUACUCGUCGAUUUAUGGGAUAUAUGUAAACACAAGUUUCUACUAUUAUAUUACAGAGACUAUAUCUGUGAGGGUUUAUGAAUCGAGGAUUGAUCUUAUGAGAGCUGUAGUUAUCGGACAGCAGGGGACUCCUUACCAUGGUGGUCUUUUCUUCUUUGAUGUGUGUUUCCCAAGCGACUAUCCUAAUAGCCCUCCACUUGUACACUAUGAUUCUGGUGGUCUUGGUAUCAAUCCAAAUCUGUACAAAUGUGGUCAUGUUCGUUUCAACCUUCCAAAUACAAGUGGUGGCCAGGAACCGAUGUGGGUGCAUGGCACUUCGACAAUGCUCCAACUUUUGGUCUCCAUACAGAAUUGGAUUUUAAACGCAAAUCCUCUAUUCAAUGAUUUCACAUAUGCAAUUACGCAAGGCUCACCAUUCGGAGAACAGUCUUCGCGCCUCUACAAUGAAAAUACCCACAUCAAAUCACUCAAAACAAUGGUAUACAUAAUGAACAAACCACCCAAGAACUUUGAGGAUUUUAUUGCAAUACAUUUCCGUAAUGGUGCACGUGAGAUCGUAAGGGUGGCAUUUGCCAGGAAGAAUUGCUCAGUCAUGUACCAGGAUGAUUUGUUUUCCUGCCUCAAUCCUCUUUAUAUGGCAUUCAAGAAAAUGGGAGCAAAAGACAAUCAGUUAUCAAACUGGAGAAAGCCGUAGGAAUUCCUUUGUAUUGAUCUGUGUUUUUGGCGUCGGUGACAGAAUUGUUAAUGUUAUCAUGCAACAUUUUAGAUCUUGAAUGGGUGGAUGGAUACUGAACUAUUCGGUAUAAAGUUGAUGUAUGAAUGACAUGAAAGACAAUCCGUCUAUCUAUUCACAAAAUACAGGUAUUGAUAAA